UGAGUCCUCUCUCCUCACCUCACCUGCAUCCUCUCUACCAACACUAUGGGUUGCUGUGGCUGUGGUGGCUGUGGUAGCUGUGGUGGCUGCGGUGGCUGCGGUGGCUGUGGCAGCUGUGGCAGCUGUGGUGGCUGCGGUGGCUGCAACAGCUGCACCACCUGCAGAUGCUACCGGGUGGGCUGCUGCUCUGGCUGCUGCCCCUGCUGCGCUGGCUGCUGUGGGGGCUGCUGCAGCACCCCCGUGGUCGUCUGCUGCCGCCGCACCUGCUGCAACUCCUGUGGCUGUGGCUCCUGUGGCUGCGGCUCCUGUGGCUGUGGCUGUGGGAAGGGCUGCUGCCAGCAGAAGUGCUGCUGUCAGCAAAAGUGCGGCUGCAAGAGGCAGUGCUGCUGCUAGGGGCCACACGGCUCUGUCCCUGGGUAGGUGCAGCAUGAGACUCCUGUAGGUAAGUUUCCCUGUCUGCUCCUCUGCUUGCAGGUCACGAGCAUGACCUGAGCCUGUCAUCAGCCCAUGGGAAUCUCACAUUUCUGCAGUCUUCCUGGUCCUGCUGCUGCUUACUAAUCACCAAGUAACGUACUAACUGAAGCCUUCUCUGUCCUUUACCAACUAUCUUGACAACAUGCUGUCAAGAGAGUUCAUGUGACACUUUCUUCAAAUGCCCCUUUCUCUUUACUUCCUGUUUUUACCAUUUUUCUGGCAUACCUAUAUUCAUAACAACUGUUAUCUUAAUAAAUUACACCAACCAAC